AUGUCUUUUUUAUUCUGUUUUUCUUCGCCUUGUCGCUACACGGCAGGGUGGAGGACAGAGAAGGUGAAGGCGGAGGACUGCGCCAUGACCACCAGUGCACACUACGGGAACUGGAUGGAGCUGCUCUCGUUUCAGCGCCCCGCGGAUCGCCACGCCUGCGCAGAGGCGCUGCUGCAACAAAGCUGCUUCGCACGGCGUUUGCCUCGUGCGGGGUUCCUCACGGCGUCUGGUGGCGCCUGCACCGCCCCCCAUGACGCGGCAGCGGGCCCCUUCGGCUCCCCCACCCUCGCCGCGGCGCCACUGCACGGACCAUUGGGGGAUCGCGCCUUGACGGGCCGUGGAGGUGAGCCCCGGCAGCAACCCCGCCUUUCACCGUCGUGCUUUCCGUCCUGGCGGGGUGCUGGAAAGGCUGGAAGGCGUGAGUAUUUCUCUGCUCCGUGCUCCGAUGGCUCUCUUGAUUGGCUCCUGCAAUCGGCGUCCAGGCAGGAGGAGGCGCGCGAGCUUCGCCGUCUGCGGCGUCAACUCGAGCAGGAGCGGCUUUAG